UCUUUUUCCCCAGAAAGCUGGUCAGGUCAGGCUGACUAGGCUUGUUUCUGGAGUGUGAACAGCAAACACCCACUCAGCUGACGCGUCCCUUCGCAGCUGCGGGAGCACCAAGUCCAGCUGCACAAAGACACCCUGAGCCUGUCCUCUCCAAGCCCCGGGGCAGACGCCGGCUGCGGCCCCCACGUCUCCAGGCUCCCAGCCUCCACAGCCAGGAUGGCCCAGGCCCCUGGGGACCCUGAUGAAAGAGGAGCCCUCGGGGCAAUCGCCACCCUGUCUGCGUUUUUAAGACGAAGUCACUGAGGCCCCGCAAGGGGAACUCCGGGCCACAGGGCUGACACCUGGGUCUGCACACCUGUCCUCACGCUCAUUUUAAGAAAAAACAGAAGCUGCUUUGAGAAGAGGCGGACAUGCAUGCCUAUGUUUCCCUCGGUACCGCAGAUAACACCUCACUCCUGGAAGAAAACCCAAGGAAAGCGAGCCGUGUGCUGAGCAAUGGCCGUGUGUCCUAGAGAGCUUGAGGGCUGUGGGCGGAGGGUGGUUUUGUUUUUGUUUCUUUUGAUUUGUUAUCAUUAGCUGAUUUACUCCUCACUACAAUCUUUGCGGUAGCUGCUCUUAUCCCCAGUUCACAGAUGGGAAAAGUGAGGCAUAGAGAGACCACAUGGAUGGCAGAGCGGAGGCUCAAACUGCGGAAACCUGCCGUCAGAGAACAGAAAAGAGGACAAGUGGGGGACUGGGGAGGGUGCCAGCAGGGAGCGCCCAGGGCCUGGGCUGGUUCCCCAGGGUUCUGUGGUACUUCCCAAGGGGGACAGGCAGGUAUUUGUUACUCAGUGGCUGAAUUUAACUUCUCCCUCCUGGGUGUUCCUUUCCAACCAGUCACUUACACCUCAUCCGUUUUACAGCCUCGCAUUUACAGACGCGCCAGCCUGAAGACUCAGCCCAGGAGGCCAGCCAGCCCUAUGGGCUCGGCCCUCACUCUGAUCUCCGACCCCACGACCCCUCGGCUCCUUUGGGGUCAGGGGGGUGGGUGGAGGAGGAGGGAGGGGGAGAGGCUCACCCAGGGGCAGGCUUUUCAAGAACCAAAACUCUUUUCAAGACAAGGCAAAGCCAGGCUUGCCAUUGAUUGGAUGGGGAUCCCCGGCUGCUGGAGGUAGACCUCGGUGGGUGAAGGGGUGGGGGCCCCCAGGCUUUCGAAUUGCACCUCACCUGCGCCCAGCAAGGAUGAACAUGUCCUGAUCUCGGGGCGAGCCUUGGAGCCCAGCUGUAGAGCCAGCCAAUGGGUUAUCCCUUCCCCCACUAGGGCAAAACCCAGAAGGCAAAGGAGCGGGCUACUGCCCUGCCAAGGGUCCCCAGGUCUUUCCCAGAAGGACCCUGCUUUGCAUUUCCCUUGGGGUUCUUGGGGGCAGACAUUUCCUGGCAAGAGGCUGGCUGCUGCCCACAGAGCUCCCUCCAGCUUCCCAGGCACUGUGUGUGCUCUGUUCUCGGCGCCCCAAAGAGCCGCUGGCUUGGGUUUGUGGGAGCCUGUCUGAGAUGAACAGGGGCCGUUCAGAGAGCUCCUCCUCGAGCCUCUGGGAUUCUGCUUAGGGUUGAGUCUCUGGGAUUCUGCUUAACCUCAGGUGGGGAAUAGAGACCUGGGAGGGGUCAUCUGGGCAGACACCUGUCCCUGAGGUGGGCAGAUCCACUCAGACACUCGUUCAUGCAAAUGCUGUUUCCUGAACAUCUACUGUGUGCCCAGCACUGUGCUAGACACCAAAGAUGCCACGGUUGACCCAACAAUCACACCAGGGGGUCCUUGGAGACAUUCUGCAGGGGAUCCCCUCACCCAGACACACAGCACCCCAAUCACUUGGGGCACCUAGGUCGGCUCCCCAAAAGAGAUGGUGUUUGAGUGAGACCUCUAAGUUGAGUAGAUGUCAGGCGGGUGGAGAAGGGGGAGAGCAUUCCUGACAGAGGCAGUGGUGUGUGCAAAGGCCCUGGGGUGAGCGGGCUGGAAGAGCACGGCAGGCUGGCACUUGGAGGGAAGCUCUGGCUGCCGAGCAGAGGAUGGGCGGGAGGGAUCCCAACUGCAGUUGGUGGAAUUGCUUCCGUCCGGGAGUUGGUGAUGAAGAACAGGAAGGUGGAGUCACAGAGAGGAGAGGAGGUUUGAGAGCGCCAGGAACAAGGUUUCCAGGACUCUCCAUCAGGGAGAAAGACCUUGAGCAGAGGGUCCUGCAGGUGCUGAGGGAUGCUGGCUCCCCCGUGAAGUCUCUCCAGUUGGCAAAGGAAUGCCAAGUGCCCAAGAAGAAACUCAACCAAGUCCUCUACCGGAUGAGGAAGGAGUCCAAAGUCUCCUUGGAAGGCCAGGCGAUAUGGGGCCUGGGUCAGGGCGGGACUGGAGAAGUGGUGCCUGCAGAGCCGGCCCAGCCCAGCCAGGCGGAGAGGCCCCAGCGAGAUGCAGUUGCAAUUCCGGAGGAACCCGGCCUGCAGCUCACUAAACAGCAGGAAGACAUCUACAGGAUUCUGAAAGCCAAUGGGCCCUGUAAGGCCCUGACCAUCUCCCAGAAGCUGGGAAGGAAGACAGCAAAAGAUGUCAACCCAGACUUGUACGCUAUGAGGAGGAAGCACCUUCUGGACUUGGAUGAGAAGUCAAGAACAUGGGCUAUUUAUCAACCAGAUUUGGGAGGAAGAAAACCGGCCACUACAAUUAUUUACCAGAAAAAUCCCAUCAACCUGAUCCGUCAGCAUGGACCAAAUAACCUCAUUUCCAUUGACAACUCUGAAGACAUCCAGAUCGGGCAUGGGAAUGUCAUCGUGAGAACGACCGCCUCUGGGGAGUGUGGCUCCAUGGCUCCCCUCCACCCUCCUCCAGUGGCACCAGCUGAUCCCUCAACUCAGGGUUCCCCGGCUGCAGCCUGGGGACCCCAGGACAUCCGCUUGGAGAAGUCUGUGCUCAGACGGGUACAGAUGGGACAUGGCAACAAGAUGGACGUCAACGAUGCCCUGGCCAAGGGCCCUGCAACCUGCAGCCCCUUGGGCAGCCCCCCAGUCUCUGCUACCACUGACAGCCCAGCAGCUUCGUUCGAAAUUCGAAUGCCCAAACCAGGACCUUCCUCCGAGGGGGAGGUGACCCAGAGAGUCCAUAUCAGUUCGUGCUUCCUUGAGGACACUGCCAUCGGCAACAGCAACAGAAUGACUGUUAGCUCAGAGAUAGAUGGUCCAGGAGAAGUUGCAAGGCCUGAGGAUGGCAGGAGGGACCCGGGGGAGCCAGGCAAGGAUACAGGUGCAGAGCCCGGAAGCCAGUUCUCUCACGACUGUGACCAGGCCUCCCCCGACAAUGGCGACGUCUUGACAUUCAUCUCCCACCUAGAAGCUGUCACUCUUGAAAGCAAGGAUCUGCAAAGUGCAGAAGACAGCGGCCGCGUGGACAGAACCCCAGGCAUGGACUCCUGGGAACAGGUGGAGUCCAGAACAAACAGCCAGGCUCUCUCAGGAAGAGCAGGCAAACACCAGUGAACCCUCGGUUCUGGGCUGUGUUUCAUAAAUGUUUUCUACCUUGUUGCCUCCUGACACGUGGCCACUGAGAGUCAGCAUUCGGGCCGGGCCUGGCCUGGGGAUGGGCAAAGUCAUAUCUGUCCCUACUGCCUCUCUGGCCCUCCUUCCAUCAUGGCAGCUCAUUCUUCUCUCACUCAAGACCUGACUUCCUCAAGGCCCAUUAUGACUGCCUGACCUCUUUCCCACCUGACCUCUUUCCCACCUGACCUUUCUGGAACCUUCCUACCAUCACUUUGCUUACUCAGGAUUUCUUAGCUGAACUUUUGGGGAACAAAUCCCUCCCCUCUAGGCCCCAGAGGAAGUCACUGGCCAGUCCGUGGGUCAGGGGACCUCUGCUGGCCAGCCAUCAGGGAGUGCUUGUUAUAUGCCAUCAUGGUGCUUGUGGGUGAGCUGAGUUCCUGUGGAAGGGUUGCGGGCGUGGUGGCGUUUCCAGAACAAAGGAGUGGGGUGGGGUCUGGGGGCCACUUGGGAAGGGACAAAGGGAGGAAGAUAGAGAAGGAUAGAGGAAGGUGGUGGUCAGCCAGGCAGGACCAUUGUGGAAGAGGACUUACAUCCCCCACUUGUUUUGUCCAUAACACACACACAGCUGCAUGUCCACUGUGCCUCCCAACGCCACACCCAUACCUCACUCUCUUCCGUGUUUCCUCCUCUGUACCAUGGAUGUUCAAUGCCCAGGAUCCAUGUCCCUUGGUGGAGAGAAGUCAUCACAGAGCCUCAGUAAAGAAUGUCAUUGAACAACC